AUGCAAGAGUUUUCGGACACGGUCCGCGCAGGCGUCUUUGACUCAUGCUCAAGCUUGAAGUCUACCAUCAAUAGGAUCUGCCGUGAUCGGUAUAGCAAGACCAAGGGACUUGGACUGCACCCGAGGAAAGGCGCGGUGCCUGAAAUCAGUACCUGGAUCGACCGGUGGGUGCGCGUUUGGAAGUGCCGUGAUCUCAUCAACAAGGUGACGACUGCUGUCGGCUCGCUGCGGGAAGCCAUCGGGCCGCACAAGGUCAAGCGUAUGUUCAGACACCGGCUCGUUGUUGACGAAUUGCCCACGGACUUGGCCAUACUCAUGCUUUCCGCGCCAGUCUGGGAAGCCUACCAAAAGCACAUUCGGGCUGUCAAAGGGCCUUGGCCAGGCUGCCGCGACGGACCAGUGGAGGACUCCAGCGCCGACGGCUCGGAUUGGAGUGACGAAACCGAUUCGGAAAGGGGUCUGGAGACAACAGCUGAUAGGGACUGCUCAACACCAUUGCCGUCUAUAGAGCAGGAUGACGGCAUGGCGCAAGGCCACUCUUUCCCAGCAGUGGGAUGCCCUACGCCCGAGCCAGGAAGCGUGUUGGAACCAGACCUUCCAGCCACGUCGCCAACUACGCUGCACAAGCUUAACCAGUUGGAAGAACGUGCCAUCAUCAUGCUCAAACGUGCGAAGGGAAAAGGCACGAGGGACGAUGUGAGCAUACUUGAUCUGGCGCAAGCUCAUAUGAAUCGAGAACCACAGGAUGCAACCAGAACCCGUCCACUCCGCUUUCACGAUAGCCAGAGACGAUUCAGCACGCAAGCCAAUUCGCAUACCGCGGCGACGGUUGACGUGACCAGCGUUCAAGGGCCCAACAGCCCUUCAAGCCCGGGGACCUCCGUUCGACCGAUAUCUCACAUCAUGAACAUAUCGCCAACCACGAGUCCAACUGGGGAUGCCCAACAAGAUGAUAUCACCGACGCUCUGUUGCUUCAUGCGGCAAAACUGUCCCGCGAGGUGGUCGAAGAUCGGCUAAGUGCAGCUGCUUUCCCAGUGAAGGAAAUUCACGACGCCACCGGAGGAGUCUGUGCAUGGCACAGAGACGAAAGGGCGCGGAAGCUUACAGCCACCUCCAGCACAUCGAGUGACAGGGAGAUCCCGCCCUACGAGGCUCGGAAGACAGCGAGUCAAGCGGAGCAGUGUUCGCUGGCCCGGCCAUCCCCAAUUCCAGGGCGACGGGCUGGCGUAGAUUCUGGAGUACACGGAGUUCAGGCGGCCUCCAGCAGCGGAUCAAAGGAGCACACAGCUCAGGCGGCCAGCUGUCCAGGACGGGAAACGCCGGCCAUCUUGAGAGAGUUCAAUGACAAGCAGGCACGCAACCGAGAGAAGCCACUGGCGCCGCAGAGAGUUCCAUAUCGAUGCUCGCCACUGAAGAAGCCGACUGUGAACUACACGAGGCUGAGCCAAACCGAAAUACGACCUGUGGAAUUCUACACCUCUUCAUAUGUGAACGGUAGUGCCCUGCAGUAUUCCGCUCCUCCGACACAAUUGAGCACCACUACGUCCUCAAAGCCUGGCCACAUCAAGAGGACGAGAUCCCCGGGGAAACCGUUCAAAUUUCGUAAAGACUUGGGAAGAGGCGAUGAUAGUUCGGCCCAGUCCAGCUUAGGCCUGAUGUCUUCCUCUGCCGGCGGUGACUACGAGAUUUCCGACGAUGAGAGUCUGCCGUCUGUUGAGGAGAUUGGUAGACGUCUCAGGAAAGGGUUGAUAUCCCCGCCAGCCAUAACGCGUGGCGGUGUUUCACCUACUCCUAUCGAAUUACCAGCUCGGGCGACUCCUCUUUCGAAGGGUAAAGCGAAGCCCUCGCCCAGGUCUGCACCUCGAUCAGGUCACGGGUCAACCCCUACAGCGAUGCUUCCCCCGAAGGUGACGCCAGUGCCGCCGCCGCAGAUCCCACGUCUGCAACCGGUGCAGAAUCAAGCCGGGCCUUUCCCCAAGCCGACCUUCAAGUCAGCUUCCAAGCUCACGCCUACAGCCACGCUUCCCCAGAAGGUGACGCCAGUUCCGCCGCCGCAGAUCCCGCGUCUGACAUUAACUCCAUCACAUGAUGAAGCACCUUCAUGUCACGCACCCAAGUCUGCGAACGUCGUGACAGGCUGUACACAAUCACUGAAACGCAAAAGAGUGACAACUGUGCCCACAAGAGCGAACAGGGCAGCAGGGCUGACAGGGAAUGAAGGGUCGCGCGGGUCCCCAAAGUACACAGGGCGGGCUUCCAGAACCGAAGACAGCCGGUCAGCGAAGCGGCAGAGGCAGUCGCUGCUACAGACACCCGAGGCCGGAAAGCAAGACACGCAAGUGAAGGGCGGCUUUUGGACACCUACACAAGAAGCAGAGGGCGUCCGGGAAAACCAGCUGCAAUCCAUCAACAUUCCAGCAGCGGAAACAAGAGCGCAAGGAAAUAUCACCAGUCGCAUCAGGAGCCCGAAAGACCACGUCGAGGGCAAUAUUGCAGGAGAAAGCAGUCAGACGUGGACCACGCUAUUCGCCAUAUCGUAG